AUGUCGUCAUUGUCGCUACGUCGCGCUGAUCAACGACCGUGUCUACAGCGAUUGGCUCCUGUUCUGGAGGAGUCGGGCAGCCAUGACGAUGACGAUUCUGAAGAUGAACGAAAUAGUGUCGAGGAGAAUGACUUGGAUUUUUGGCAGGUAGCGAAGUGUUAUAUCGCGGCGAUUGUCGUCAAGCUGUUUUAUGUUAUUUUGAUCGCGGGUUUACCGAUUGCACAGUUUUCCAAAUUUUUCAGUCUGUUUGAAGGUCCAAGAUUUUAUAGAUUUUGCUAG